AUGCUGCGGCAGCGUUGCGGGCGGCUCCUGGCCCGGCUGGAGCAGGGGUUGCAGCUCCUGGAGCUCGGCGGCAGCGUGGAGGAAGAGUACAUCCGGAUAGCUCGGUGCUUUGAGGCGACGCGCCAGAGAUGCUGCAGGCUGGAGCAGGAUGGGCGUCGUGCCCGCGAGCAGCUGGCCCGUGUGGAGGCCGAGCGGGCAGCACUGGAGGUGAAGCUCAAACACGCCCGAAACCAAGUGGAGGUGGAGAUGAAGAAGCGGCACCGGGCAGAGGCGGAGCUGGAGAAGCAGGAGCGCAAACUUCAGCUGGUCCUUGAGUUGCUGAUGCGGGAACCAUGGGGUACCGAGGCACUGAGCAGGGAGCAGUGCUCUGUUCUCAGUGCUCUGACUGGCUGGCGCCUUGGGGCAGCCUUGGCACCCAUCAGGAGGUCAUCUGCAGUGGACGAGUCGUGCCAGUCACUCCUGUCCCACUCAGAUAUCAGCUAUGAUCGCACUGAGGAUGACGUGGAUGUUGAUAUGACGGUGGUGCAGACCCUGAAGCGCAAAGCUCCGGACAAGCAGCGUGUGUCCCUGGCCCCUCAGGUUGGCCCUGUGGUGAUGGCAAAGCGGCACCGUUCUUCUGUGGUACCCCAUAAUGCUAUGAGUGCCUCCUCUAUGCCCCCUCCUGCUGAAGUCCCAGGCCCUGCUGACAACCUCAUGCCUGCUGUUCUGGUGCCUCAACGCCGCUCUCGCCAGGGACAUCGUGUCUCCAUGCAUGCAGGUCUCCCUCCACUGCCUGCAGAGAUCACCACCGGUGAAGAUCUGGGCUGCCGUGCUGUGGGGCAAGAGAACCACACUGAGGGCAGCUCAGUGGGACAGCCAGCACCAGCCCCCUUCCCCUCACCUCCACGGAGUGUCCCACCAGUCCAGCAUAAGUUCACCUCCAAAACAGUGAUCCGCCCUGAGCCAUGCUGUGUGUGUGGCUCCCGCAUCCGCUUUGGGAAGACUGCCAUCAAGUGCUGCCAGUGCCAGCUGCUGCUACACACCAAGUGUCGGGAGCAGUGCCCCAGCCUCUGCACACCCAGGCCUCACCACCAUGCCUGGCCCCGUGAGGGUGUGCUGGCUGACUUUGCGCCCUCCACGCCGCCCCUGGUGCCCACACUGGUGGUGCAAUGUGUGACUGAGGUGGAGGCACGAGGCUUGACAGAGACAGGGCUGUACCGGGUGCCAGGCGCGGAGCAGCUGGUGCGGGAGUGGAAGCGAAAGCUGCUGCGGGCUGGGGGUGCGCUGCCUGCCCUCAGCAGCGUGACUGACAUCCAUGUGGUGUGUGGGGUACUCAAGGACUUCCUGCGGGGGCUCAAGGAACCACUGGUCACCUUCAGCCUCCACCCUGCCUUCCUCAGGGCUGCUGACAUCCCCGAUGAUGCUGCCAGUGACACAGCCCUGCGCCAUGUGGUAAGCAAGCUGCCCCCAGCCAACAGGGAUACCCUGGCCUUCCUCAUGCUGCACCUGCUCAGGGUGUCACACAGCCCUGACUGCAAGAUGGAUGUGUUCAACCUCUCCCGUGUGUUUGGCCCUACACUGGUGGGACACAGCUCAGCCAACCCCACACCACUCGCCAUCAUGGAGGAUACGCCUCGGCAGUGCAAGGUGGUGGCUCGUCUCCUUUCACUGCCACCUGACUUCUGGAGAGGCUUUGUGGAGACAGAGCAAGAGAACCUGGUGCCAAUGUCAGCCCCAAGACGUGAAUGUGAACCGUUCUUCCAGCCCAUUGCCUCUCCGGAGCCCAAGCCAGGCCAGCUGAGCCCAGCUGGUACCUGCUGCCUCCCCAGCACCUUGCGGAGCUGCGUGGGCACUGCCACCCGGCCCCCGCAGGGGCCGGCCCCAAGGAAGGUGGGCCGGUUCUUCCCUUCUCCUGUGUAG